AUGUAUCAAAUUGUGGUGAAUAAAAUGAAAAAUGAUGAAUAUCGACAUGUUCUAUUGGAUAAUCAACGCGUUCAAAUUGAAAAUCAAUUUGUUCAACAAAAAUGGAUUUUAAAACAGAAAUCAGUCAAUUUAUUCAUCAGUCAUUGUGGUAUGGGUUCAAGUUUAGAAGGACUUUAUUUUCAAAAGCCAAUAUUAUGUUUGCCGUUACAUACAGAUC